AUGGAGCAUGCAAACGAAGACCCACCAUUGAAUCCUGCUGGGAAGCGCAAAAUAGCUCGCCCGCCGAUGUUAACUCUCGCCAGAUGUCCAAGCCUCAAUUUUCACAUCACCGAAAAGCCAUACAAAAUCGAAGAGGAAUCUUUUGGCGGUGUCAUGUGGAGCGUCGCAUCGCGACGAGGGCGCCGAAGGACAAAUCGAGAAGAUAUGUUUGCAAUCUUACCCUUCGUCGAACAUCUUCAUGGAUCAAAGGCCCUGCCCAUCAGCGUCUUUGCAGUAUUCGAUGGUCACGGUGGUCAGAAAGUUGCGCAGUAUGCCAGUCAACGUCUCCCACAAUUGUUCUUGAGAAAAUAUGAAAAUACUUGCGAUGUGGAGCGCGCACUUGAAUGGGCCUUCAUCCAAACAGAUAAGGAAAUAUCGGCUGGGAACGCAGAGCCAAGCGAAGACUCUUUGUCUGCUGUUCCUGUUACCCUGACGAGAGCGUGUGGAACUACGGCCACAGUCGUUUCUUUGGUGGGUGAUCAGUUCACAGUAGCUCACGUGGGCGAUUCCAGAGCUGUACUUUCAAACCUGGACGGUACUGUGCAAAGGUUAUUUGAAGACCACAAACCAGGGCGGCGCGAUGAAAUGGAAAGAAUUGAGUCGGCUGGAGGACUUGUUGUCGAGGUUUCAGGAACUUUUAGGGUAAACGGCGUGUUAGCUGUAUCUCGAGCAAUUGGGGACCCCGAACUCAAGCAGUUCAUUAUACCAAGGCCUGAUAUCUUUAGAUUUUCGCUUUCAGGGCAUGAAGAGUUCUUAGUACUGGCAUCUGACGGAUUGUGGGAUAACAUUUCUGACGAGGAGUGCAUGGAAUAUGUUCGCAAGAUAAUUUCUUCCGAACCCGCCGACGACAGCUUGGAAGAGGAAGCAGCAAAGCUUUUAGUUCAGACUGCGUGGGACCGGGGUACAAAUGAUGAUAUAUCUGUAAUCGUUGUCAAUCUGCUAAAGUAUGCAAGUCUAUGGGAAAAGAAACAAGAAGAGGGCGACGCAGCUGUUGAGGAAGAAAUGUUAGGAGUGAACACUGAAAAGAUUUCUUCUACAUGCGUGGACGAAAAUCAAAAUCCAAUAGAGCUGGAAAUGGUAACGCCUGUUGCGGCAUUGCCUUUAGAAACGCCUCGUGUUCGGAAACCUUCACCAUGGUGA